AUGAAAUCAACAUUCUGUUCAUGGGCAUCAGCAUCGAAUAAGAUGCGUCUGCUGCUCUUCGGUAAGCCUGUGCGUGUGGGUGCAGAAGGUGACGACACGCUCAUGAUUGUGAAGGGAUCGGGCAAGGGGACCAUGUCGCAGAAGCUAGAGAAUCUGGAUACAUACAAAGUAAAUGUGCUCUCAGCGGGUGAUAUACUUCGUGCAAAUGUAAGAAAGGGUACGGCACUAGGUCAGAAGGCGGAUAGUGUGAUAAAGCAGGGUGGACUUUUACCAGACGAUGUAAUGUGUAGAUUACUUACGAGCGAGCUCGAACGCGUACAGCAUAAUCACUGGAUUCUCGACGGGUUUCCGCGUACCCUAGGUCAGGGCGAGUUACUCGAUGGGCAGCUGAAAGAAGACACGAUAAAUCUCGUCGUCAAUCUGGAUGUACCGGAUAGUGUGAUACUCGAGCGUAUACAGGAGCGCUGGAUACAUGAGGCCAGUGGACGCGUGUAUAAUCUGGGGUACAAUCCACCACGUGUAGCAGGUAAGGAUGAUGUUACGGGGGAGUCGUUGAGACAGCGGGAUGAUGACAAUGUGGAAACGUUCAAGAAGAGAUUAGAUACGUAUAAAAGCAAGACAGAGCCAUUAUUAGAGUACUAUAAUAAUAAUGGUUCAAGGUUGGAAACACUCAGUGGUAAAACAUCGGACGAAAUCUGGCCUAAGCUUGAUAAAUUAUUAAAACAGAGAUUUACGAUGGAUCAUCAAAUAAUUGGUAUUGUGAAUAAGCUUCAAGACGCUUUCACAAAUGUUGGAAUCCCAAAUCCAAUCGAUUUACCACAAAUUACAGUCAUUGGAUCUCAGUCGAGCGGUAAAUCAUCUGUUUUAGAGAAUAUUGUCGGUAGAGACUUCCUUCCACGUGGCACUGGUAUCGUUACAAGAAGACCUUUGAUUCUUCAACUUAUCCACAGACCUGCCACCGCUAAAAAAGAAGACAGUGAAGAGCGCUCAAAUGAAAACAACCCAGAUGAAUGGGGCGAAUUCCUUCACUUGCCAGGCGAAAAAUUCCACGAUUUCGACAAGAUCAGGGAUGAAAUUGUCAAUGAUACAGAAUUAAAGACUGGUAAAAAUGCUGGUAUCAGUCCACUCCCAAUUAACUUGAGGAUCUUCUCCCCUAACGUCCUCACUUUGACCCUCGUUGACUUGCCGGGAAUGACUCGCGUACCUGUCGGUGAUCAGCCACGCGACAUUGAAAGACAGAUACGUGACAUGCUCUACAAGUUCGUUUCCAAGCCUAAUGCCGUCAUUCUUGCUGUUACUGCUGCAAAUACUGACUUAGCUAACUCUGAUGGUCUCAAAUUGGCUAGAGAAGUUGAUCCAGACGGCACGAGAACUAUUGGUGUACUUUCUAAAGUUGACUUGAUGGACCAGGGUACCGAUGUUGUCGAUAUUUUAGCCGGUAGAGUCAUCCCCCUCCGACUAGGUUAUGUUCCUGUCGUCAACAGAGGUCAACGCGAUAUAGAGCAGAAGAGAGCUAUCUCCUCAGCAUUAGAAACUGAAAGAGCCUUCUUUGAAAAUCACAACAGCUAUAGAUCUAAAGCUCAAUACUGCGGUACACCCUUCUUGACAAGGAAGUUGAACAUGAUACUCAUGCAUCACAUCAAAACGUGCUUACCAGACAUUAAAUCAAAAAUUUCUGCCUCAUUGGCCAAAUUCCAAUCUGAAUUACAAUCAUUAGGUGGUACACAUGGACAGGACAACGGAGCGAAUGUUGUCCUGACGGUCAUAACAGACUUCUGUAAUGAAUUCAGAACAGUUAUCGACGGUAACACCCAUGACUUGUCCUUGCAAGAGUUAUCAGGUGGUGCAAGAAUUUCUUUCUGUUACCACGAGCUAUUCAACAAUGGUGUCAAGUCUAUUGAUCCGUUCGAUCAAGUAAAAGACGGAGAUAUUCGCACUAUAUUAUAUAACAGCUCUGGAUCGACACCUGCACUCUUCGUUGGUACUACCGCUUUCGAAAUUAUUGUCAAGCAGCAGAUUAGAAGAUUGGAGGAUCCAGCCAUCAAGUGUUGUGCACUUAUUUAUGAAGAGCUGAUUAGAAUACUUAGUCAACUACUCAGCAAGAUACAAUCUUUCAAGCGCUAUCCAGCAUUAAAGGAGAGGUUCAAUAGUGUAGUCAUUGCCUCGUUCAAGAAAGCAAUGGAGCCAACACAGAAACUCGUGACUGACAUGGUCAACAUGCAAGCGUGUUACAUUAAUACCACACACCCAGAUUUCUUAUCAGGACACAAAGCUAUGGCAUUGGUGACAGAGCGCCAACAACAAGCACAAAAGGCUCCUCCACCAGCUGUGGACCCUAAGACAGGAAAAUUGGCACCAGGUGUGUUGAACAACAAUCGUGAUUUAGAUGUAGACACUAAGAAGGAAGAACCAUCGUUCUUUGGCUCCUUCUUCUCCAAAGCGGGCAGUGGUACCGGGCAGAAGAAGAAGGGACCAGUGAUGGAGUCACCACCACCACAAAUAAGACCACAGAGUGCUCUUAACGACAGAGAGCUACUUGAGACGGAGGUGAUUAAGAUGCUGAUAACGUCAUAUUUCAAUAUCGUCAAGAGGGAAAUGAUCGACAUGGUACCCAAAGCGAUCUCAUACACGCUCGUGCAAAAAUCGAAGGAUCACUUGCAGAGAGAGCUUUUACAAGAGCUCUACAAGACAGAGGUGCUCGAUGAUUUGAUGAAAGAGUCAGAUUUCGUCGUGCAGAGGAGAAAAGAAUGUAUCAAGAUGGUUGAAGCAUUGAACAAAGCGGAGGAAAUCAUUUCAACCGUCUAG